AUGUCGAAGGAGGAGAGUGGGUACGAGGUAUUUUUGGACCCGGGGUUUUCGCCGGUGGCAUAUGCGAACUCGCUGGUGCUGGCCACGAACACGCCUACCGACCCGGAUGUGGAUUUGUCGGCCGCGAGCCGGCGGCUGGGUUAUGAGAUGGACGAGGUCGACCAGUUGAUGUCGGCGAUAUCGACGGAGAACUACGAAGACCUGCUGGAUCAGGCCAGAAACGUCAAGAAAGCCGAGGGCGCGUUAAAGUCGCUGAAAACGUCGUUGGAUCAUGUGAAUUUUUCGUAUUCAAAGCUCGAAAGAGACGUGGUUAAACCGUAUGAACAGGCCCAGCAAAUGCAUACUGCUUUGAAACGAUUACACCUGACAUCGAGUAUGUUACGGUCUUUGACUUGGUAUUUAUAUCUGGCACGUCAAUUGACUUCGCUUAUGAGUGAUAGUAGUGCGGAAUCAAAUUAUAAAGCGGUAUUGAAUAUCCAGGAACUAAGACGACAGCUCGAGUCGAAUCCCAGUUUGAAAAGCCUUCAGAUCAUCCGGGCUCAUGAAAACUCGCUCAAUUGGAUCCAGGACAAUUUAAAAACCCAAUGUCUACACCGAAUCCGUACUUUUACGCUGUUACAAGACAAAUCAGACCUCGGAGCCUCGUUUAAAGCUGUGUAUCUGCUGGACCCCUCUUCAUUGAUUACCGCCAUCAGCACAUAUCUCCGAGGCCAGGUGACAUCCACCGUUUCCAAUUUCUCAAAAUCACUUUCACGGUCUGUAGCCGGCAUGGAAGGAGCUUCUAGCGAUGCUCGAAACCGUGCCAGAAGUCUCGUCGCCAUUUCUUCAGUGCUUGAAUCUGCUACCGUCACAGAACCGUCUACUGCAUCAUCUUCUCCUUCCAAAGAUACGAUACUUCUUCCGUACGUCAAAAAGCACCUGGAUAUCACGACACUGGUAUCCAGCUACUGGCGAGACGUCGCCUCAGGUCUCGAUGCCAAAGUCCGUGACUUCACGACACGCAACCCCGCCACGGCCCAAGCAUGGGCCCCUCACUCAUCACGUCUCCAGGACAUCAUUCGCUCGUCCGUCAUCAAUGGCGGUGGCAUAGACCGGAACGGGCUCGAAGUAAAAGUCAUGCUCAACGCCGUGGCCCCUCUGGGCCGUUAA